CAAGUUGCAAUUUGGGAACCUUUUUUACAGACACUUAUUCUGGACGGCAAGAAUCGGGCGUGUUAUAUCUUUACCGACUCCUACUUCGCCGGACACGGAUCCAUUUUCUCUCUCUAUCUCGCCGGAGAAUUUUGGAAAUUUUGUUUUACAGUUAUUUCAAUUGAAUAAUUUUUUCUUCCCGGAGAUAUAUCGGUUUCCAUUAUUUGUUGUUGUUGUUGUUACCAAAUCUAAUCUACGUUGUCGCAAACCGAUGCAACGGCUCGUUGACCAUACCCUUGCUGUUACCAAAGAGUCAGUUAAGACAUUGACCUAUGAGUCGCUGAAUAAUGUUGUGAGAUUGAUUAAUGGAGUGUCAGCACUAUUAUUGACACUAUUGCCGGGGAAAUCUACUAUUCUUGAAGGCAUACAUGGCUGGGAACUUCGUCCAACCUUUCGUGGACCUCGGCUUCCACAGUGGAUGGAGAAUGGCGCCUCAUCUUUUAACCAGUUCAUCCAUGAACAUUCUUUUGAUUCUGAUUCCUCCUCCUCAAGUGUAGAUUAUUCAUCAGAAGAAGAAGAACAAUAUACUGAUGAAACCAGUUGUCCUCCAUCUCCACUGUCACAAAGUUCUCGGGUUUCUAGAGCCCGCAGUCUUUCAAGGCGGAACAGGCAUUGGAUACAUUGGUUCAGAUACAUCAUCUCAUGGCUCCUAUUCCCUAUUAAAUUUAUGUUGGGCCUACCUUUGUUUAUAUAUGCUUUGAGUAGGGGCCGUAGAGCCUCUCGGACAUCUGAGAAUUUUCAGUCUUCCCAUGUACAAGCUAGGAAGAGAUUACAGACACUUAGGGACCAAGUUAUCCAGUCUACCACUGACAGAAGACGUGGCGUUGUCGAGGAUCUCCAUCUAGCAAUUGAGAUCACCAUAGAGGCUGUUUUUGAAUUUUUCCACAAGGCUGCACACUGUCUUCUUUCACCAAUAGACACCUUGAAGAAAGUGGUGAAGUGGUUUUCUUCUGACUACAGUGGUCGUGUGGACGUUCCCACUGUCGGUUCAGGUGUCUCUGUUCCUGUGGACACCCUUUCAGAGAGUGAUCCUACUCCAAGAGAACAGAAAACGGGCUUUCAUUCCCUAAAUACAGAUGCUCGGACAUGUCAAGAUGUCAUUACAGAGCUUGGAUACCCAUAUGAAGCUCUUCGUGUGGUUACUGAUGAUGGAUAUAUUCUCCUUUUGGAGAGAAUUCCAAGACGUGAUGCUCGAAAAGUUGUUUAUCUACAACAUGGGAUUUUUGAUUCAUCCAUGGGGUGGGUAUCAAACGGAGUUGUUGGUUCCCCAGCAUUUGCAGCCUAUGAUCAAGGGUAUGAUGUUUUCCUAGGAAAUUUCCGGGGAUUGGUGUCGAGAGAGCACGUUGACAAGAAUAUAUCCUCACGUCGGUACUGGAAGUACUCCAUAAAUGAGCAUGGGACACAGGAUAUACCUGCAAUGAUAGAGAAGAUCCACCAAACAAAAGUUACUGAAUUGAAAAAUAGCCAAAAAGUUGUGGAGGAAGAGAGUGGCAAUGAUCAGCCUUACAAACUUUGUGCAAUUUGUCAUAGUUUGGGUGGAGCUGCUAUUUUAAUGUACAUUCUAACACGUCGAAUUGAGGUAAAGCCCCAUAGGCUUUCCAGAUUAAUCUUAUUAUCACCGGCUGGGUUUCAUCAUGAUUCCAAUCCUGUAUUCACCAUGAUGGAAUGCUUAUUCCUGGUAUUGUCUCCUCUACUUGCCCCUUUUGUGUCAGCUUUCUAUAUUCCCACUCGGUUUUUCCGCAUGUUGUUUAACAAGUUGGCCCGAGACUUCCAUAACUUACCAGCAGUUGGAGGCCUUGUGCAAACUCUCAUAAGUUAUUUGGUUGGUGGAGACAGCUCCAAUUGGGUUGGAGCCUUAGGGUUGCCACACUACAAUAUGAAUGAUAUGCCAGCUGUUUCAUUCCGUGUGGCCCUUCAUUUGGCACAGAUCAAGAACACUCGGAAGUUUAUGAUGUUUGACUAUGGGAGUGCAGCUGCGAACAUGAAAGCUUAUGGUUCCCCUCAUCCUUUAGAUUUGGGGGAGUUCUAUUCCCUUAUUGAUAUUCCGGUUGAUCUUGUUGCUGGGCGUAAGGACAAGGUCAUCAGGCCGUCCAUGGUAAGGAAGCAUUAUAAGCUGAUGAAGGAUGCAGGUGUGGAGGUGUCAUAUAAUGAGUUUGAGUAUGCUCAUUUGGAUUUUACAUUUUCCCACCAUGAAGAACUAUUGGCCUAUGUUAUGUCUCGAUUAAUUUUAGUAGAUGCUUCUAUGAAGCAGCAACCUGGCCAGAAAUCAUUGAAGAACAGGAGAAAAGAGGGGCAAACCAGCAGCAGCCGUUAAAGUGUAGCACUAACAAGAGCCGUACCUGUCUAUAUCUUGGGUGUUUCUUGUAAUCCAUGUAUGUCACUUAUACAGAAAAAUAUAGUGAAUGCUGAAUCAGGAUAGGACACUUAUGCGGCCCCUUAUUGACAUUACCAAAGCCUACUCAAGGAAAUAGAAUUGGGUUGGAUGUUGUGUCCUAGUGUGUUGGAUGUGGUUUUGUGUAUAUUCUGUAUGUAUGUUGUAACUUGUAAAGGUGUACCAUUGUUUUGGAAUGAGUACUACACAUGGUGUUUAGUGUGUAAAUUAGUACUUUGUAGGAUUUGAGAACUAUGAAAUUUGUAUGAAUGGGCAUGAUGCAAGAUACAAAUGAUAUGCCUUGAAAAUAUCAGCUGCUGAUGUUCUUUUA